UUGACUAAAGUUAUUAGUGAUAUACCUGUACAACUCUAACAAAGAUAUAAAGAUAUAAAAAAUCUUAAAUCUUGUCUGAAAAGGAAGUAAAAUUGAUAACUGAAUAAAAUGGCGGCUAAGGGUGGCGACAAUGCAUCGGAUGAAAUUAUUAACAUCAAAUGUUGUGUGUGUGCUGGGAAAAAUAUCACGCGUGAAGCUGAAAAAUAUUGUGUAGAAUGUCAGGACUAUUACUGUAUACCAUGUACAGACAUACACAAAGCUUUUCCAUUAAUGAGAGGACACAAAUUGCUGGAUAAAGCUGAUUUCAGUACACAUGGUUUACAGUCAUCAUUACCAUGUUUCCCAACAGAGAGAUGCCCGAUUCAUAAAGCGAAACUUUUGGAUAUGUUCUGUAAGAACCAUGAUGAGGUUGUCUGUGCCACUUGUGUAGCUAUAAAUCACAGAACAUGUCAAAAUAUACACUCCAUUCCGGAUGAAGUUGACAAUCUAUACAAAAAAUCAGCUUCUGAUCAAACACAGAAACAUCUUCUUGCAGCAAAGAAGGAUGUCGAGGAUAUAAAGAAAAACAAACAACAAAUCCUCAGUGAGCUAAAGAAACAAAAGCAGAAAGCAACUGCUUCUAUCAUAAACUACAGAAAAGAACUGGAGGCUGAGCUCAAGAGACUUGAAACUGAAUCACUCAAGGAAGUUGAUGCACAGUAUAAUUGUAUGGAAAGAGAUCUACAGUGUGAGAUCACGGAAACCGAGAAACAUAUUGAUGUCCUGGAACAAUCUGCUGCUAAGCUGCAAAAGUCUAAUGGUAAUAAAGCCCAAGAAUUUGUAUGUGUCAAAAUUGCUCAGAAAAAUAUCAUUAAAACUGGAAGUUCUACAAGCUCCAUACAAAAACAAACUGAAGUGGAAAUAAGUUUUUCUGCCAAUAUGAAAAUCAAAAACUACCUAAAACAAUCAAAGACAUUAGGACAAGUGUCAACAUCAGAAGCAACUUACAAGCAAAGAACUACAGCAUACAAAGUAAAACAGCACAGGAAUAUUGACAUUAAGCUUAAAGAAGACAAAAGUAAAUGUUAUAUAUAUGGAUCCUGUUUUACUGAGGAUGGCUCCUUGCUGCUUGCUGAUCUUAAUAACAGAAAGUUGAAACAUCUGAAUGUUUCUACAGAUACCAUCACAGACCAUCUAGUUCUGGAGGCUGGACCUAUUGCUGUAUGUCUAACCAGUAAACAAGAAGCUGCAGUAAGUCUGAACAGCAACACUAUACAGUUUGUAUCACUAGGAGACAAGAUGGUAACAACAAGGAAGCUGAAGAUGGAUCAUUACUGUUCUGGUUUCGCCUUCAAUGAUGGGAAAUUUUUCAUAUCUGAUGAAAGCAAAACAGUUUAUAUUCAUGAUAUAAGUGGCACCACGUUACAUAAAAUUACAACUGACAAGUCAUGCAAAGAAAUUUUCAGUAAGACUAGACAUAUAAGUCUGAGUACGAACAGUGACCGUGUGUAUGUGGCUAAUUUCAACAAAGGUGUUAUAACUCUAGACAUACAGGGAAAUUAUCUAUCAACAUUUACUGAUCCUGAUUUAGUUCAGCCUUGGGGAGUAUGUACAGAUAAAAGAGGAAACAUACUGGUCUGUGGGUGGGGAUCAUCAAAUAUUGUCCAGAUAAGUGAGGAUUCAAAAAUAAAGUUAGGCAUCAUCAAAACAGAAUCUUGCCCAUCAUCAGUCUGCUUUGAUCCUCACCAGAACAAACUAGUUGUAACUCAUUAUGACAGCAAUACUGUAAAAGUCUAUGAGCUGAAGUAAGAUACAUUUACUGCUGCCGACAUCACAACUAAAAACACUGAAUAAAUGGACACUGAUUUUCAUUUUGGUGUCACACCAACAAAAUUUAGGUCAUAUGGUGGCUUUAAAGCUUUAAUGAUGACAGAAGACCUCUGGUGCCACUGCAAAUAUUACUUCACAGCACAAGAUGGCAUCUAAGUAGAAACACUGAACUUCCACAAGCUAGCUGGAUAGCUUCCUCUCAUAAUGGUCUGAGCAGGGCUCGAACCCUCAGCGGUGAAAGGCAAGUGAUUCAAAGUCAGCAACUUUAACAACUCCACCAAGGAGACCCCAUGACACAUACUGAUGGAAGAACUUCCUGUUAACAGUCUUUUUAACAAGUACAAAUAUACAAACACACAAAAUAGAAAUUAUGUAAUUAAGACACUACAAGAACUUCAGGUGGAGUUUUAAAUAUAAUAAUGGAAUCUGGCUUUGCACUAACUGUACAACAGUAAGUCAAAGAUAGGUAGAAUUCAAAAUAGUUUGUAAGAAGCUGUAAAUAAGAAACACAAUUUUGAAUUCCCAAUGUAGUUUAUUCAAUGAAUUGUUCCACUUCAAUAUCUAUAGAAUGUGUGUGUUUUUGUAUCCUUUUGUUGUAAAUGUUUACUUGCACUGUACAUAUUCACAUUAUCAUGAUUAAUCUAUGCACUGUAUAUAGAAAAGAUAUAUAUAAUAAAAUUCUGUUAUUUUCUA